CUCCCGUCUGUCUGAUGUCUGGUCACGGUGUGCUGCAUUUAAUGCGAACUAUUAGGGCUUAAAAAAAUUCGGUUGUUUAGGCAAAAUUGGUUUAUUAACAAAAUCAGCCUACAACUAAGGCAAUUUGAGCCUGCUGGAUAUCAUCAUAGCAGAACAAAUCGUUUGGAUGAGCGCCUGACACCGAGACAUAGACAUUCAUCACACGGACACAAGUGAAAGGGAGGUGAGCAGCAGACCAGCACUCAUCACUGGAGAAAACACCACAGCAGACUGAGGACAGAAUGGGACAUGCACACAGGAGCAGAAGAGGAUACACUUUUGUGCUCUGGGUCGCCACGCUACUGCUGUUAGCGGAGAGCAGAAGAGGCAAACAGCCCAGAUGCCCCUCUGAAUGCACGUGCACCAAAGAUAACGCCUUGUGUGAAAAUGUGAGAUCUGUGCCACACAGCUUCCCUCCCGAUGUCGUCUCACUAUCAUUUGUGAAGUCUGGGUUCACUGAGAUUGCAGGGGGAAGCUUUCUCCACACGCCAUCCCUUCAGCUCCUAUUGUUUACAGCCAAUUCUUUCGAUUCCAUCAAUGAAGAUGCUUUCCAAGGCCUGCCACAUCUGGAAUAUCUAUUUAUUGAAAACAACAAAAUUGAGUCGAUUUCGCCCCAUGCUUUUAGAGGUUUGAAAUCUCUCAUUCACCUGAGUCUUGCCUACAAUAAUCUUGAGACGUUGCCCAAAGAUAUUUUCAAAGGAAUGGAUGCCUUAACAAAAGUGGAUCUCAGAGGAAACAUGUUGAGUUGUGACUGUAAGUUGAAGUGGCUGGUGGAAUGGAUGUAUAGCACUAAUGCAACGGUGGAUCAGUUAUACUGCAGUGGGCCUCCAUCCUAUCAAGGGAGGAAGAUGAAUGACCUGGUGCCUCAGUCUUUUGACUGCAUUACAGCAGAGUUUGCUUUGAAGAAAACCCUUGUAUUUGAGUCCAUAUCUGUGGAGGCCUUUACGUUUGGGGAUGAUCAGUAUGUUGUAUAUGCCCAGCCGUUCUCUGGAAGAUGCAGCUUUAUGGAAUGGGACCACGUCAACAUGGAGUUCAGAGCUUAUGACACCAUAGAGAGCACUUCUACAGUGGUGUGCAAGCCAAUGGUCAUCGAUAACCACCUCUUCAUCGUAGUCGCCCAACUUUUCGGCGGCUCUCAUAUUUACAAAAUGGACAGCUCUGCCAAUAAAUUCAUCAAAAUCCAGGACAUCGACAUCUUGAAAAUCAGAAAACCCAACGACAUCGAGACUUUCCGUGUGGAUGGUGAGUUCUUCUUUGUGAUAGCGGACAGCUCGAAGGCCGGCUCCACCACAGUGUACAAGUGGAAUGGCAAUGGCUUCUACUCUCACCAAUCUCUCCAUCCCUGGUACCGUGACACAGACGUCGAGUAUCUGGAUAUCGCAGGCAAGCCCCACCUUAUUUUGUCUAGCAGCUCGCAGCGGCCCGUUAUCUACCAGUGGAGCAGAGCCAAGAAGCAGUUCGACAGACGGACAGACAUUCCAGAGAUGGAGGACGUCUACGCCAUAAAGCACUUCAAGGUGAAGGGGGAGCUGUUCAUCUGUCUGACGCGCUUCAUUGGCGACUCCAAGGUGAUGAAGUGGGACGGCUCUAUGUUCACAGAGAUACAGACAAUGCCUUCGAGGGGAUCCAUGGUCUUCCAGCCCAUCUCCAUCAGCAACUGGCAGUAUGCCAUCCUAGGCAGCGACUACUCGCUAACGCAGGUCUAUCAGUGGGACACCAAGAAGGGCCAGUUCGUGCACCUCCAGGAGCUCAACGUCCAGGCGCCAAGAGCAUUCUCACUGAUGUCCAUUGACAACCGAGAGUUCCUGCUGGCGUCCAGCUUUAAAGGGAAGACGCAGAUCUACGAGCACUUGAUGAUCGACCUAAGCAGUUAGGAUGCCGGUUGAAAGCACAGAGAACCAGACCCUGACACAGAUGAGCCUAUUGUGAAACUACAUGCAUGAUCUAGCCUAGUGCUAAAAAUAAUAAUUCCAGAUGAAUGCCUCUCUAGAAACGCCCUUUGUGUCUUUCUCUGUUGUCACCAUGUGUUCCGCACUUUUCAUUUUUCCUGUUUUUUUUUGUCCCUUUUAACAAAAGCUAUUGUUAACAUAUUCUCUUUCUUGCCAUGCAGUCACUAAAGAGGUAUAAUAAGGAAACAAAAAAGGUCAAAUCAGUUAACUGUUGACUUAAUAACAACCUGCCAAAUAAACUGUUUACAUUUUUACAGUGAUGUAAAUAGCCAUUUUUUAACUUUUUUAAACAAAACCGUCCUGUUGUUCCACAUUGUGUGUGACAAGUUUUGACUCAGCAUUUUUUUUUUUUUCAAUAAUCAGAAUGCAAUAAACUUAGAUUUAGCUCAGAUAUUGAGGUAAAGUAAAUGUGGGAAGGAAGCUUAGUCGUUUAAUGGUACUUGUUUUGUUUUUGUUUGUUUGGCUAGAACCAAUAAAACCUUAAGAAAUACGA